GACUGCAGACACGAGACGGUUCACUGUUUGGAUUCAGUUCAGUUCAGUUCCGGACGUUAAACGCGACUGUGGGGAUUUUAAGUACGCGGAGAUACAAAAUACUCGCAUUUUGUUGUUUCUUUCUUUUUCAAUGUGUUAAGAAAGAAAAGAGUAAAAACAAACCCAAAAGUUCAUAUCUAUCAACGACAAAAAGUGAUUUCUGUGCAGCAGUCAAAACAAAAUUGUUACAUUUUUAUAAAGAUAUAUAAAUAUAUAUAUUGAAUAGUGCAGUGUGUUCUUUUGCCAUAAAGAGUUCAUAAUUGAAGCAUCAAAUUUAUAAAGAAAAUCAAAGUUGAUUUUUUGCUCAAGUGUUUAACGUUUAAACACAGUGAAAAGAUAAACAAAUCAACAAAAAAGGAUUAAAUACAGAAAAUAUUAAACAUUUGGAUAUAAAAUCGUCAGCUCUAAGCUACAAGGUAGAAUACGAACAACAAUUUGAAAAAGCUAAUUUCUGCAGAACAUUUACAAAAAAAAGGAAGCAAUAAUUAAAGUCGUGUAUUAAGCUCUCCGCUAAUACAAAUCGCAAAUGUACGCGUGUCCGGUAAAUUUGGAGAUACUUUCUUGAACUGAACUUAAAACAUCAACAUCCGUAAAGGAUAUUAAAUUUAUUCUCAACACGAGAAUAUUGGAAAAUGUUGGAUCGUUGCGAAAUGCCGAUUCAAAUAGACAACGAUAAAUUGCGGCGCGUCAGCGCUGUUGUCGAUCGCGACAAUCGUCUCUCGAAUUCACGCCUCGAACUGCCCAAUGUCUGCAAUGGUGGGGGCGUUGGUGGUAUCACCACAGUUGGCGGCAAUGGCACAACGCGCGGCUCAUCUCGUUCCAGUCGCUGCCUCGAUGUGCAUAAUAAUCACAUGAAUAACAGUCACAGCCAUAGCCAUCAUAAUGGACAUCAUCAGCGCAGCCCGACUAGUGGCAAUAACAACAAUAUUAACAUCAGCAACAGCAAGAGUAACAACAGCAGCAGCACUAAUGUGAAACAAAAACAACAACAGCUACAGACAACAACAACUGAUGGUAAUCAUCACAGCAGCAGCAACAACAACGGUCACAAUAAUUUAAGUAAUCACAACAAUAACAACAACAACAUUGGUUCGCCAGUAUCAUCGACAACGAUCUCAUCGCAUGGCAACAGCACGACCAGCGGCGGUGAGCGCGGCUCAUCGACCAAAUCGAAUAGCAGCAGCGGCAGUGGCAGCAGUGACAAUAUCAAAUGCAAUACGCCGAUGUCGCCGUCAGAUCUCAUCAUAAAAUACCGCAAAUAUUUGACUGAUGUGGAAUUCGAAGAACUCAAAGUGUAUAAGGAGGUUUGGUAUUUCGGCCAUAAUGCCACUAAAAAUUUCAAUAAAACACCAACGAAUGGUACAGCCAAUUCAGGCUUUGACGAUGAUAAUGGCAAUUAUAAGAUUAUCAUACACGAUCACAUUGCCUUCCGCUAUGAGAUACUCGAAGUGAUCGGUAAGGGUAGUUUUGGACAAGUUAUACGCGCCAUGGAUCACAAGACCAAUACAUAUGUGGCCAUUAAGAUUAUACGCAAUAAGCGGCGCUUCCUCAAUCAGGCUGUGGUAGAAUUGAAUAUUUUAGAUGAAUUGCGCGAGAAGGAUGCCGAUGGAUCUCAUAAUGUUAUACAUAUGUUGGAUUACACAUAUUUCCGCAAGCAUUUGUGCAUUACAUUUGAGUUGUUGAGUCUCAAUCUUUAUGAAUUAAUCAAGAAGAAUAACUACAAUGGUUUCAGCAUGAGUUUGAUUAGACGCUUCUGUAAUUCAAUUGUUAAAUGCUUGCGUCUGCUCUACAAAGAGAAUAUCAUACACUGUGAUCUCAAACCGGAAAAUAUUCUGCUCAAGCAACGUGGCAGUAGUUCAAUAAAAGUCAUCGAUUUUGGCAGCUCCUGCUAUGUGAGUCGUAAAAUUUACACAUACAUACAAUCGCGAUUUUAUCGCUCACCGGAAGUGAUACUAGGAUUGCAGUACGGUACCGCUAUAGAUAUGUGGAGUUUGGGCUGCAUCCUCGCCGAGCUCUACACCGGCUUUCCGCUCUUCCCCGGCGAGAAUGAGGUCGAGCAGCUGGCCUGCAUCAUGGAAGUGCUCGGCUUGCCACCGAAAGAACUCUUGGCCAAUGCCACCAGACGCCGUUUGUUCUUCGACUCGCGCGGCGCACCACGUUGCACUACCAACUCGAAGGGACGCAAGCGAUUGCCCGGCGGCAAAUCAAUCUCACAGAUGAUCUUCUGCCAAGAUCGUAAUUUCAUUAACUUCCUACAGCGUUGUCUGGAAUGGGAUCCCGCGGAGCGUAUGACACCCGAAGAAGCGGCACACCAUGAAUUCCUGCAACCGUCGGCGUCUAGUCGCCAUCGCAGCUGCCGCAUGACAAACUCCUCCUCGACUGGCGGUCUAAAUAAUAGCUCAUCACAAAAAUCAUCCUGCUACAGUUUCACCGAAGUCUCGCCACCCACAAAUGCCACAGCCAGCAAUGCGAACAACGCCAUCAAUGGCGGUAGCGGCGGCAGUGGCAAUGGCGCUGUAGUCGCGUCCAUCACCAGCACCACAGCGGUCAGCAAUGCGGCCAUCACCACGACAACGAGCAAAGCAACCACGACAACACAAUCGCGCAGCAGCGGCCUCACACAGCAUGCGCAUCACGCCAGCUCGUCCGGGCAUCUGCCCGACAUCAAGCUCAGCGCCAGCGACAAGUACAGCAACAUGCAGAAGGUGGCCGUGCGCUCGAAGAUCACCUCAUCGGUGUCCGAUCUGGACUCAGUGCCGCAGUAUGCCUUGCAUCGCAGCAUUUACGGCGCCAGCGGGCUGACGCACAGUGGCACAGCAGCGCGCAAGCAUCUCAUCACCAGCGGCACCAUCGCCACCAGCUCCAGCAAAUAUGGUCUGGGACUGGGCGCAGGCAGUGGCAACGGCGGCGGCAGUCACAGUCAUCUAAUGCAUCAGAGCACAACGCUGGGCAAUGUGUCGGCGCAUCACGGCAGCGGUCACGGCAACACACACAACGCAGUAGGCGGCGGCAGCGGCAGCGGUAGUGGCGCCAACAGCAACAUGUCACACUCACAGUCGACGGGCGAUGUGUCGGCGAUCUUCGGACGUGCUUGACUUCGCGCGCGACCCACAAAACUUGAGCUCAAAAAAUGCAAACUAGUCAAUAUGGUGGAUUUUUGGAGCUAGAAGUGGAAGUAAGCGCUUGGAGCGUGAGCGUGAGCGUGUAUGCAGUGGACUUGCAGUGCUCGAAAAGGAGUUAAGAAACAUUUACACUAAUUGUGACUAGAAUGUGUGUGGGUGUGUUUGUAUGCUGUGCGCGAUGUUUUUUCACUACCAGCGCAGGUUACUCAUACGCCCGUGUACUCGGUUUUGAUAAGCGCAGCGCUGCAUUUGCUACAAUUUGUACACACACAUGCAUAUAAUAUAGAUUUUAAAUUGAAUUUUGAGUAAAAUAAUUAUGAUAAUUAUGACUUGUGUGCAUAUUGCCUAGACUUCAUUUUACGUAGACGCUUUGAUAGAUAGAUAGGCUUUUGAUUUGUGAGAGUGGAGUUCGAUGCCAAAAAAAAUCAUAUUUGACUAAAUAUUAUUGAUUAAAAUUUUGAUGUUGUAGAAAUUAAAAAUAAAAUGCUUUUGAUUUAUCGACAUCAAAAUUUAGAAAAACAUUAUCUUAAAAAAAAAAUAAUUUAAACAUUUUCGAAGCUUUCAAUUUUUUCUAAAAUCAUAAAUUUCAAAAUAUUUAAAAAAACUUUAUUAAAAUUUUUAAACAUAAAAAUAGAGAAAAACAUUGAAAAAAAUAUUUUUAAAUACAUUUUUUUAAAUAAAUUUCUAAAAUAUUUUUUUCAAAUAAAUUUGUAAAAUAUUUUUUUUUUAUAAUUUUAAUAUUUCAAUAAAAAAAAAAUAUUUUCGAAAUAAUUUUUUUUUUAAUUAUUAUCCUUAAAAUUUGUUUAAAAUAAAUUAAUUAUUGAAAAAAAUUUCGAACUCCAAUUCCUGCUCUCAUUCCACGUUUAUUUAACGUCUGAUUGUACAAGAAAAAAUUCAUACGUGCACACUUUAGCCUAUAUAAUUCGAAGAUAUGUGUGUUUGUAUUUGUAUGAGUGUUUUUGAAGGAAUCUUAAUUACAUCUGUGUAUGUAUAUUAAUUAUAAUUAGUGUAUGUAGUUGUUGUAAGUUUGCGAAUAUAAUAAACCAUAGUAGUUAGCAAGUGAGUUACAAUGAAAUUUAAACGAAAAAUGGAUUAAAGAAAAAUAACAAAAAGCUCAGAAUAAUAAUUUAAAAAUAAAAAAUAUUAUUAAUUUAAUUAACAAUAAGAAAAAAACACAUAUACACAAACAAAAAAUGUGAAAUAAAAAAAUUUUAACAAAAAAAUUAAAAUAAUAAUCUUAAGCUCAUAAAAUUGUGUCAACAAAUUGUAGUACAUAUGUAAGCAUAAGAUUAACAUAAAAAUACAACAACAUAUACGUUUUAAUGUGAAUUAGUAAAAAGAAAAGAAAUGAAAAUAUUUCACUAAAAAUACAUAAAAUAAGUAAACAAGCAUAACUAUAUAGAAAUACAUAUAUGCUAACAAAUAACAAAAACAUAACUGUAUGAGAGUAGAGAUUUGUGUAUGCCACAUGCAACGCAAUGUUGCAACAUCAUAAUUGUAUAUAAGUCAAAGGGUUUUUAGUAAUAAUUUUAAUAAAAAUUCAUCAAGAAAAUGAAAAUGCAGUUUUUUGUUUGAAGAUUUAAUAACUAUAUAAUUAAAAAUAAAAUUAAAUUAAAUAAAAGUCACGGCAUAAAAAUGAAAAUCUUCCAUACUUUAAUUUCACUGCUUUUAGUAAAUUUUUACAUAAACUGCCUUUGAUUAUAUGUAAAUGUAAAUACAUUGAUAAUCCACUAAAUACACAUAUGCUGUCACAUAAAUGCGUUAAGCAUAUAAUAAACUUAGUAAUGGAAAGUGGAAAUAUAAACUAAGAGAAAUAUCAUUACAAGCAUCACAAACUACUACUAGAAGCAUAUCCAGUAAGGAGUUGGCAUAUAUUUUUUAAGUAACAAGAACAAACACUGCUGAAUCAAUACAUUUCCUGUUUAGAAAAAUACUUUUAGGCAUGAAUUGCUGGGUUUAGAAAUUAAUAAUAAAUUUAGUUGGUAUUAAAAAAAUUAAUACUUUGAAAAAUAAAAAAAUUUA